UCUCUUGGGAGGUAAAAACGCCAUGUGUACACUGUAGUGUACAAAGCGCCUAAAGUCCACCACUUUCAUCCCCAAAACGGUUGGCCAAGGAUGAGAGAGUUCGUCAUCCUUGGUUCCUCCUCCUCCAUUGCCACUCCUUCCCUCCACCUCCACCUUCACCACUCCCCCAAACCCUACAGGUCCUCCCUUCCCAACCCAACAAAGCUAUCUUCUUCUAAACCACCACCACCACCACCACCACCACCAUCUUCCUCUCCGCUAGUCCCCAUACUCCAUUCUCCUUCUCCUCUCCGCUCCGCCCGCCAUGUCGUCCUCCUAAAGUAUUAUGCCGACCUUGCAUCGAAGCUCGCAGGGAGCGGGAGGCUCGAAGACUUCUCAAUGAUUGUGGAAAGCGUUAUUGUUUCGGGGGCAAACACCUCCAAGUUUCUCGCAGCGUUGAGUUCUGAGCUCUUGGUCCAGGGGAUUUUGACAUGUCUUCGGGGGAAGGUUCGGACUGUAAUUGAUGUUUUAAGGAAAGUGGGGAAGCUUCGGGUUAGUCCAUUGAAGUUGGUUAACGGGUCUGCUACGGAGUUGCUGGGCAUAGAGUGCCGGCGCCUUGUGAAAUGCGGGGAAGUGGAGGAAGUUGUUGAGUUGAUGGCGGUUCUCGCAGGUUUCCGUUUCUCAAUCAAAGAAUUACUGAAGCCUUCUGAGAUUAUUAGAGUUUGUGUUGACAAACGCAACCCAAAACUGGCUAUAAGGUAUGCUUGUAUUCUUCCACAUGCGCAGAUAUUAUUCUGUACCAUUAUACAUGAAUUUGGAAAGAAAGGGGACCUGGUGUCUGCUUUGAGAGCAUAUGAGGCAUCCAAGCAAACCAUCAGUGGUCCUAAUAUGUAUGUCUACCGCACAAUGAUUGAUGUUUGUGGUCUUUGUGGAGAUUACAUGAAAUCGAGGUACACGUAUGAGGACUUGCUCAACCAAAAGAUCACCCCGAAUAUUUAUGUUUUCAACAGUCUCAUGAACGUGAACGCUCAUGAUUUGAGCUACAUAUUGGAUGUAUACAAGAAUAUGCAGAAUCUUGGUGUCAGGGCAGAUAUGGCAUCUUAUAAUAUCCUUUUGAAGGCAUGCUGUCUUGCUGGCAGAGUUGAUUUGGCCCAAGACAUUUAUAAGGAAGUGCAGCAUUUGGAAUCAACAGGAACACUAAAGUUGGAUGUUUUCACUUACAGCACUAUUGUAAAGGUUUUUGCGGAUGCAAAAUUGUGGCAUAUGGCACUACACAUCAAAGAUGAUAUGUUGUCAGCUGGUGUGGCUCCUAACACUGUUGCAUGGUCAUCAUUGAUCAGCGCCUGUGCCAAUGCAGGUCUUGUAGAGCAGGCAAUUCAAUUGUUUGAAGAGAUGCUGCUGGCUGGCUGCGAACCCAACACACAGUGUUGCAACAUUCUUUUGCAUGCUUGUGUUGAGGCUUGCCAAUAUGACAGGGCCUUCCGUCUUUUCCAGUCUUGGAAGGGAAGUAGAGUCUCAGAGACUACUAGUGGAGAUUACAAGAGCAAUACUACAUCUAGCAAUUUAAGUGCAGAGCAUGCGGAAGAAAAUUGUAGUAGUACUGUUGCAAAUUGCAUAUCUUAUUCACAUCACUUAAACUUUUCUAAGAAGUUUCCUUUUACACCCACUACUGCAACGUACAAUAUUCUCAUGAAGGCUUGUGGUACUGAUUACUACCGUGCAAAUGCUUUGAUGGAUGAGAUGAUAGUAGUAGGUCUCUCCCCUAAUCAUAUAAGCUGGUCAAUUUUGAUUGAUAUAUGUGGAGGCUUGGGCAAUGUAGAAGGUGCUAUACAGAUUUUGAGACAUAUGCUUGGUGCUGGAAUUCAGCCAGAUGUUGUUGCAUAUACAACAGCCAUCAAGGUUUGCGUGGAAAAUAAAAAUUUGAAGCUAGCGUAUUCAUUAUUUGAGGAAAUGAAAAACUAUCAGAUUCGUCCAAAUUUGGUGACUUAUAAUACACUUCUAAGGGCCCGCACCAGAUAUGGUUCCUUACAUGAAGUACAACAAUGCCUGUCUAUAUAUCAAGAUAUGCGGAAGGCAGGGUACAAAUCCAAUGAUUAUUAUCUGGAGGCACUCAUAGAGGAGUGGUGUGAAGGAGUUCUACAAGAUGCGAAAGGAGAGUUCAGUUCCUGCAACAAGGUCAACAUAGGGAGACCUCAAAGUAUACUUCUUGAAAAAGUUGCAACGCACUUGCAGAAGAGUGAAGCUGAAAGCCUAGCUAUUGAUCUUCAGGGGCUAACAAAGCUUGAAGCUCGGAUUGUCGUUCUUGCAGUCCUGCGAAUGUUCAAAGAGAACUACCAUACUCAUGGAAAUUCGGUAAAAGAUGACAUCUUGAUCAUCUUAGGAGUCAGUAAAGAAGAUACAAGUGCAGAAAGGCACAAUUUAGAGGUGAAAAAUGCGAUGAUUAAACUUCUGAGGGAUGAAUUGGGGCUUAAGGUUCUUUCUGCAGGACCUAGAAAUGGACUUCGUGAGAAGGCGUAUUUGGAAUGCACUCUUGAAUCAGAUUUAAACCUAGAAGAAUUGAUAGGAAGGAAUAGUUUACCCGCAAAGUUGGAAUGUUCCACUAGGAGACCUGCGAUUGUACAGAGGUUAAAGAUCACCCGGAAGUCAUUGCAUUAUUGGUUGCAAAGAAGAGUAGGUGACAUUAGAAUAUGAUUAUUUUUUGUAUGUGAAAUCAGUUCAAAGAGUUUGUACAUGUAUAAGAUAUGCUAUAUUCUUUACAUUUUGCUUUCAAAGCGGAAUAAGCAGCUCAAUGUAAAAACC